UAAGGAUCGACAGCGAAUGGUCCCGCGUCGACUUCAAAGUGAAAAUCGCGAAAGAAAAAUAAUUCACUAUAAUCGCGCGGCAGAAUUAACGCGCGCCGUUAUUUCCCCGUAAAAAGCUUUUGUGGUCAAGCUGCUGCCCUAACCUCGGAAUCUCGUGAACUGUGUCGCAUGAUUCAGUCUCUGGGAUAGCUCUCCUCCGUAGUAGCAUUUUUAAUUGAAUACAAAGAAACACAUCGUUAUUGUUUAUUUGUGUGCGCGCACGUACGCGAGACGUCAGCUAGAAGAACGGUCUGUUACAAGCACACCCGAGUUUAGAACGUUCACGAGCAACAUCGAGGACAGUCGUUCUCGUUGAUUCGAUCAUCCUUUAAAAUGUUCUUAUAGUUUCAACGGUCAAACGUGCAUUCGCGAACGAAUAUUACGAAAUGAUCAUUUUUCGGGAGAAUUAACCGUUUUUUUUUUACAUUCGUGAUAAAAUUUAUGUGGUGCGGAAUAAAAACAAAGGCAACGUUGAGGAACAUUUUGUGGGAAUUAUUUCGGAAGAGAUCGAAAACUUCCGAAAUUUCGGACGACACGUGUUCCUUGGUGGUAAGAAUAAAUUGACACUAUUCGGAUUGCUCGAGUUUGAAGAAGCUUUAUGCCGGGAGUGGGACUGAAUAUUAAUGGAACAGGGCGAAUGGGCAAUGAACAACAGAAUGGAUUUGCUUCCAUACAACAACGAGGAGGAUGUGGUCCUUUACAUGGACGAUUUGACGGGCACCAAUGUAGUUUUGCAGCCAAUGAGAGGGCACGGCGCUGGAAAAUCGAAUGAACCGCGAUUGGCAGCAGGGGGCGGGCUGCCGGGUCCGCGAUUGCCCGGCAACAAUCCAGCGACACUUGCGGAUGCUAGCAGUACUAAUCCGCGAAGGAACAACUUCGGGCCGGUACGGGGCGGCGAAGUUGACGAUCUUCUUGGCCGCGGAAGGUUCGACGAGGGUGGAAAUAAUCUCGAUGAUCGUCGCACCGACGACGGGACCCCGACAUCGCAAUAUCCACGACGUCGUUUCCCAUUCGACGUCAAUAUUUAUCAACAAAAAAAGACUUUGGCACAAGGAAUGAUGGAUCUCGCUUUAAUAUCCGCGAACGCGAAUCAGUUUCGUUACGUUUUACAGUCCUCCACUCAUCCCUAUUACAUGACUUCCCUGGUAAUGAUCGGAACCAGUUUAUUCUUACAAAUCUUCGUUGGGAUCGGCCUUAUUUGGAACAGCACAUACAACGUCAAAAAAGACACACACGUUUUACCGGCAAACAAAAUCAACAAUUUGACCAUUAUUGGAAUAUUUCUCGUAACGAUACUUAACGUUUUUAUAACCUCUUUCGGCGUCGCCGAACCUUACAGCGGAAAUUUCAAAGCUAGGGAAGAAGCCGCGGCUGAAAGUAGCCACGCAUUAAAGAAUAAUUAGUGGUGCUUAGGAAUUCAAUUCUUGAUGAAUUCAAGAGUCGACAUUUUUUAUCUCCAACGAUGAGCAUUUCGUUCGCGUGUGCGCGCGCGCGCGUGUGUAUUUGUAUUUGUGCGUGUGUGUGACCUCGACGGAGUAUCAUUUCGAUCAUUAAGCCUGUUGUAAUAAAAAGAUUAUCCAAGAUUUUCUACAACCUUACGGAAAUAAACUAUUUUUCUAUUCUA